UUUCACAAAGUUAAGCUUUCAAAAUAUACGACUUGGAACAUUUUACUGCAAUAUAAAUAGACGGUGUUAUAACCUGAGAAUGUUAUAAAUUAUGUUUUCGGAAGCUGAUGUUUAUUUUUUUUCCUACUCGAUAGAACCAAAAACGGAGUUCUAAUUGUUUAAUUUCAAAACACGGAUGGACAAUACAUGCAGUAAUAAUAAACUAAAACAAAAAAGUAAAACAAUAUGGCUAUUCUUGUAAGUAAGGAAAUAAACUUUAGAAUUUCUAAUUUUAUCAAGAUUUUUAUGAUACUCAUUUUUUUUACAGAAACGGAAAUAUGUGGUCAAAGUGAUAGUUAUUCUGCAAGUGUCGGCACGGACGAUGGUUACAAAUCACCUGUACACAUGAUACAAACAUUUUCCACAACAACACCGGAUUAUUACUAUGACUACGACCCGGAAAUAAAAUUCAAAUUAGGAACGCCUCAUUGUAACGAUAAAGCAAGUUGUUCCAAUAUGAUGUUUUUUACAUUUCCGGAAAAGGGUUGUCAUUGUGACAAACUUUGUGGACUUAUGUCCGAUUGUUGCAGGAACAAUGUCUAUGAAUCAUUAUUGUAUUUGACAAAAGACCAAUUUGAAUGUGUGCCUUUGUAUGAAAUUGUGAAAAAUAGAGAGUACGGGGUUUCUAUGGUUACAAAGUGUGCAUCGGAAUGGAAUAAUGAUUUAACAAGAGAACUAUGCGAAGCUGAAACAGACGAAGACAAUAUUUUUCUAAGACUUCCGGUUUCUGAUAAAACCGAAUUUCACGUAAUGUUUAAAAAUAUGUACUGCGCGCAAUGCAAUUUUGUUUACGAUUUUUACUUUUGGAGCCAGAAAAUAAAGUGUCGGAAUGAAACAGGCGUCCGUAGUCUCCCGGAAAUGAAAGACUGUGAAAUGUCCUUCACUAGACCGAUACCGGAAGUUUCAUAUAGAACGUGUCAAUUGUCUCAGCCCAUAAUAUCUUCUUGUAACCAGUCUGCAGAAUUGAUUUCGUAUAAUUUAAUGAAAGAUUGCACAGACGGAAUAUAUGCUAUAACAUUUGAUGAGCGGGGAAUGAUGUAUCGAAACAAAUAUUGUGCAGUGUGCAAUGGCGUUAGCGAGGAUUUGUUGUUUUGUGAACUACUUAAUCCUUCUACAGUUAAUCCUUUGCCACCCCCUUAUGCAGGAGAGAGGGCCACCUACAGUUUUAGACUGUUAGUUGAUUUUAAUUCUGGCAAUGUAAAUAACAAUGGAACGAUUGAAGAAGGAAAGCAAUGCAAAGAUAAUGAAAUAUACGAUUGGUUAUCUCGGAUAUGUAGAGAAAUAUUUUGUGCUCCACCUCUUGUCCCUGUCAAUGGUGCGUGCAACAAUACAGUUUUUAGUAUGGUGAAUAUGGUUGAACAAGUACAAGAUCCAUAUAUUCAACAGCAAAAUUGUUCUUGGACCAAGUUAAAUUCUCAUGAAUAUGAGUUUACGAAUAACUCUGGAUUGUAUAUACUUUCGCACAAGAAAGUUUACUCUACGGAGGAUUAUUUGUUAAAUGGGACGGAUGUAUUUAUUUGUCUUAAUAACACCGAAACCUGUGUAAGCAAUUGUGAUACAAAGCCUGCAUAUUUUUCUGACAUUGUGGAAAGUUAUAUGACGCUUGUUGGGCUCAUUGUGUCAAUUAUAUCAUUAGCAAUCACUUUAGCGGUGUAUGUAGCAUUUCCGCAGCUGUUAAAUAUUCCUGGAAAAAUUUUAGCAAGUUUAAUAAUUUCCCUUCUUUUUGCACAAAUCUUGUUCCUUAUAGCUCCCGAAGUUCAGACUGUUUCUUCUAUAUGUACAUUAUUUGCCAUCUUGGUUCAUUAUUUCUUCCUUUCUGCUUUCUGCUGGAUGAAUGUCAUUGCAUUUGACCUUUGGAUGACCUUUUCAAAUAGAUUUAUGACUCCUGGAUCUGAUACAAAGGGCCGUAAGAAGUUCGUCAGGUAUUCAAUGUAUGCUUGGUUGGUACCAAUAAUAAUAAUUUGCCCUGCUAUUAUUCUAGACUUUGUUGAUUUUGAUGCGAGUUUCUCCUCUUUAAAACCUGGUUACGGGAAAGGCGUUUGUUGGAUAUCUUCAAGAGAUGCUUUGAUUCUUUUUCUUGCUGGUCCUCUUGCUGUAUUUAAAAUAUUUGAUGUUAUAUCUUUCAUUUCAACAGCAAUUCAUAUUGCCCGUGCAAAGAAAGAAGGCGCUAUGGCAACACGGCGUAAGAAUACAUGCUCCUUUAUAAUCAAUAUCAAAUUGUCCCUAAUAAUGGGUCUCACCUGGGUGUUUGCUUUUGUGGCAAAUGCGACAAACGAAAAUGUGAUGUGGUACCUUUUUAUUAUAUUUAAUUCUCUCCAGGGUCUUUUCAUAGCAAUUUGUUACCUUUGUACGAAAAAAGUCGGGCGCCUGAUGAGUGAUAAAUAUAAACAGGUUACUACAAGAUACACAUCCACGACUCAAAUCACGUCUGUUCCAUGAACAAAUCAAAUCACUACAAGAUACAAACCCAGUACUUAAAUCACGUCUGGAAUAAAUGAAGUCACAACACAAUAAACAUCAAGUAUUUUUCUAUGAACAAAUGAAGUCACUUCAAGAUACACAUCUGUUCCAUGAACAAAUAAGGCCUCAAAUAUUUAAAUCAUGUUUGUUCUAUGAACAAUUUAUAUUAUGCAUGCAUAUAAUGUAUCAUGGAAAGAAAAACUAGAGUUAAAACAAAAUAAUGAACGAAUAUAGGAAUUAAAAUGAUGAAUGUGGUUUGAAUAUGAUAUGUUCUAUUAUCUAUUUAAUUGUGGAAACAAAUAGUGUUUUGUAAUGUUUUAACAAUGGAUCUAAAUGGAUUUAACAAUGACGAACUAACAAUGGAUUAACAAUGGAGCAUAUCAUGUUAAACAAGUAAAAACAGUAGUGCGAAAAGUGCAAGAAUGUGCUGUGAAAUGUAGCAAAAUGUAAACAAAAUAGUAUUUUUGACUUCUAUGCAAAAUACUAAAAAAUACUUGAAAAUACAUUUUUUCUUUGAAAUAAAUUGAUAGCGUUUCUGAGAUAUAAUGAGCCGACGUAAUACUGCCUUGCAUGUACACUGACAUUUUCUAUUUUAAUGUUUAAACGAGAACAAGCAUAACACCUUUGCAUUUUGUUUGUGUUUAUGAAGAAAAUGAGGUACUUUAUCAAAUGAAACUAAUUAUUAUGUCUGUUAACCGAUGCAGUUCAGUACAGUAUGUAGAAUGAUUGAAGCUUGAAUUAUUUGAUCGUAUGCCAGCUCAUUAAAUUCAAUAUCAUUAAACUUGUAAAGUUGCUAAACACUUGUUUGAUUGUAUGUACACUCAAUAUUGAAAAAGUAAUUGAAAUGUUAUAGACAAAAUGUUGUAUUCUUGUUCAGUGUAAUUAUUUCUUAAAUGUUUGUAAAUAAGUAUUAUUAUCUGCUAUGAUGUUUUUAAUGACGUAAAUGUUGUAGGAACAAACAUGUAUACAGUUAAUAAUUGUUGUGAUGACAAAUAAAAGAGUCAUUUUAUAAUGUUUGUAUGACCUAAGCUUAAGAAUAAACAUAUUUUAUAUUUUAAUGUUUUGUUUUUAACAUUAUACAUUGACAGCUUUCUUAGUAACUGACCAUUGAUAGCAUUUGUGGUAUGAUUUUAUGUCCCUUAC